AUGAAUCUGACGAACCUCGGAACAGGACCAGGACAACCUCAACCCAAACCUCAGGAGAGGGAACAGUGGGCCAGUAAGGUGGAGUUCAUCCUGGCAGUGGCCGGACACGUUAUUGGUUUGGGAAACGUCUGGAGGUUUCCAUAUCUUUGCUACAAAAACGGAGGAGGAGCUUUCUUCAUUCCUUAUAUUUUGUUCUUGUUCACCUGUGGAAUACCGCUCUUCUUCCUGGAGACGUCUUUGGGCCAAUUCACCAGCCACGGUGGAAUCACAUGUUGGAGAAAAAUCUGCCCUCUGUUUGAAGGUUUAGGUUAUGGAAGCCAAAUUGUUGCUUUUUACACUGGGGUGUAUUACAUCAUUAUACUGGCGUGGGCGUUUCUCUACCUGUUUUCCUCCUUCAAGUCUGAGCUCCCCUGGGCGAGCUGUAGCAACAGCUGGAACACAGCUUGGUGUUUGGACCACGGCCCCAAUCAAACCUCCUCCCUGCUCCUGUACGGAAAUAGCACAUCUUCAGUUGUGGAGUUUUGGGAGAGGAGAAUCUUGGGCCUGUCCAGUGGAAUUGAGCAUAUUGGAAAUAUUCGUUGGGACUUGGCCCUUUGUCUUCUUCUUGCCUGGAUAUUGUGUUACUUCUGUGUCUGGAAUGGAGUGAAGUCCACAGGAAAGGUGGUCUACUUCACUGCCACAUUUCCGUAUGUGAUGCUGGUGGUGUUGCUUGUCCGUGGGCUGACUUUACCGGGGGCUAAAGAAGGGAUUACGUACUACCUCUACCCUGACCUGUCCCGCCUCACUGAUCCAGAGGUAUGGAUGGAUGCUGGCAGCCAGAUUUUCUACUCCUUUGGAGUUUGUACAGGGGUUCUGACGUCUUUGGGAAGUUACAACAAGUACAACAACAACUGCUACAAAGACUGUGUCUACCUGUGCCUGUUGAACAGCCUCACCAGCUUUGUAGCUGGCAUCGCCAUCUUUUCUGUGCUUGGCUUCAUGGCAAAGGAGCAAAAUGUGGAUAUAUCGAUGGUGGCUGAAUCAGGUCCAGGUUUGGCUUUUAUUGCCUAUCCUCGAGCUGUGGCUCUCAUGCCAUUUCCUCAGCUCUGGGCUGUUGCCUUCUUCAUCAUGAUCAUCUUCCUGGGAUUAGACAGCGAGUUUGUUUUUCAAGAAGCUCUGGUCACGACCAUCUCCGACAUGUAUCCCUCAGUCUUUCACAACCGCUGUCGACGUAAACUCCUUCUUCUCGCCAUCAAUGCUGGAAGUUUUUUUAUUGGUCUUCUGAUGGUUACAGAGGGAGGCCUUUAUAUUUUCCAGCUGUUUGACCACUACGCCGCCAGUGGGAUGACUCUCCUGUUUUUUGCUGUUCUUGAAUCCGUCUGUAUUGGAUGGGUCUAUGGUGCUGGUCGUCACUAUGAUAACAUCAAGGACAUGAUUGGAUAUCAACCCUGGCCUUUUAUGAAAUAUUGUUGGCAGUACUUCACAGCAGCCAUCUGUACUUUUACAUUACUCUUCACUGUGAUAAGGUACACUCCACUCAAAUUCAACAACACUUAUGAAUACCCCUGGUGGGGCUACACCAUUGGAGGAUUUCUUGCUCUAUCGUCAACACUCAUGGUUCCUCUGUGGAUGCUGUACGCUGUCAGUGUCACUCCAGGAACAGUGAGACAGAGACUUAAAGUUCUGUGCACUCCAUCCAAAGACUUACCCAGCACAGCAUUAAAGAAAGCAUCACAUCCUGAGUCGUUCCAGACGUUCACAGACUUGUGUACACUCCGCAAGACAGACAACCUUGACAACACAGAUGACAGCGCUCAGAGAACAUCUGUAAUUUAA